UGGAAAGUUCUUUGCGUGAGGUGCUAGACGGGAUCUCAUAUACGCGUGAGCUUUGCACGCUUUACGGACAUUCAAUCGUAAGCGCUUUGCCCAGUGACCGGUUAACGCGUCGUUUGUACUAGCGCUUUGGUCAAAACAAGAGGUACCAGUCGUAUAAGCUAGGCGUUAACACACCAGGUCGGUGUUAUUGAGUGCUUUUGAGUACUAGUUAAAGUCAAGCUUAGGUUUCGCGUAGCGUCAUUUUUGCAAUGACCGCCGAGGAGCAAACGGCAGAAGGACACCACGCCAUCCGAAUGGAAGGAGACGACAUCACUCCCAAGAAAGAUGGAGGUGUUUUGAAGCUGGUGAAAAGGGAAGGCACUGGCACAGAGCUGCCAAUGACUGGGGACACAGUUUUUGUCCACUAUGUGGGCACCCUCCUGGAUGGCUCCACCUUUGACUCCAGCAGAGGCCGAGGAGAGAAGUUCUCUUUUGAGCUGGGCAAAUGUCAAGUCAUAAAGGCGUGGGACAUCGGCGUGGCUACUAUGAAAAAGGGGGAGCUCUGCCAGCUCAUCUGUAAACCUGAGUAUGCGUAUGGGUCUGCUGGCAGCCCACCCAAAAUUCCCCCUGAUUCCACACUUAUUUUUGAGGUGGAACUUUUUGAAUUCCGCGGAGAGGAUUUAACCGAAGAUGAGGAUGGAGGGAUUAUCCGUCGCAUUAUCACUAAAGGGCAGACAUAUGCCAAGCCGAAUGAAGGAUCCUCUGUUGAAGUGACGGUGGAGGGCAGCUGCGAGGGGCGCGUGUUUGACGAGAGGGAACUCAAAUUCGUGAUUGGAGAAGGAGAGUGUCUUGGCUUGCCGGCUGGAGUGGAGAAAGCCAUCAUGGCCAUGAAGAAGGGAGAGGAAGCUCUGUUCCACAUCAAACCGAAGUAUGGCUUUGGGAGCGAGGGAAAUGCCAAAUAUGACAUCCCCGGCGGGGCGCUUUUGCAAUAUAAGAUCAAGCUCACAGCCUUGGAAAGGGCCAAAGAGUCGUGGGAGAUGAAUUCGUCGGAGAAGUUGGAACAGAGUGUCGUCGUCAAAGAGAAGGGGACACAGUAUUUUAAGAAAGGUAUGUUCAAGCAAGCAUCUAUGCAGUACAAGAGGAUCGUGUCGUGGCUUGAGAAUGGGUCGGGAUUGUCUGAGGAGGAGGAGGAAAAAGCCAAAGCGCUUCGACUGGCUGCGCAUCUCAACCUGGCCAUGUGCUACCUGAAGCUCAAAGAGCCCAACCAAGCACUGGAAAACUGCAACAAGGCCCUGGAGUUGGACGAGUCCAGUGAGAAGGCACUAUUCCGAAGGGGAGAGGCACUGUUCGGCAUGAAAGAGUUUGACAAAGCCAGGGAUGAGUUUCGGCGCGUUGUUCAACUUUAUCCUGCUAACAAAGCUGCUAGGAGUCAGAUGGUUCUUUGUCAGAAGCACAUAAAGGAGCAGCACGAGAAGGACAAGCGCGCGUACGCCAACAUGUUCCAAAAGUUUGCCCAGAGGGAUUCCAAGGAAGCGUCCGAGAAGGUGAAGAGCAAGGAGAACAGAGACAGCAAAGAUAUGGAGGUCGACACUGCUAACAAGGAAGCAGAGGGUGACGCGAAAGUCUAACACGCCGUAAAUUCUCACGGUUCACAUGUUCUUCUGACUUCUGUUACUUCGGCCGUUUUGUGUUUUAAGUGUGUAAUGGUAUGCGUGGGUGCAAGAAGCAAAUGUCAACAAGAGCCCUGACUUUGCUCUUCAUCCUGGCCUCUUGCCAUUGUCGUUAAUUGUGGUGGCGAUCUGAGCAGGCGUCAUGUGGUUUCAAUAUUUCUGUGCUCAUGUCCCCUUCAACUCUCAACCCGCAGCAUUAAAACUGUUUCACAGCUGAAUUACAUUGGCGCAUAGUGCGUGCCUUGCACCAUAUUUGUUCUCUCAAGCCUCCGCUUUUAUGGGCCUGGUGAUCAAUUCAAUUCCAGGAUUGGCGACGGCUGAACUCUGAUACAAUAUGCUGGAAUGCUCCAAAAGUUUAUUCAGUGUUCCCUCACUACUUCGCAGUUCCGUUAUUGUCAUUUGUGUCCAUAACAUCAUCCAUUGCAGUUUUACCUCACUAUUUUACUGGUUUUCUCAAUUAUUUUUUUCAUCCUUCCAAGUCGGACCAGUCAAGAAAUAUCUUUAUUUUUUUGAGCGGGGAGAUUUGUUUUACAAAGACCCAAGAACAUCAAUUUGGAAAUUACCGCUUCUCAUGCACUACUCUGAGUGUGAGUUCACAGAGGCAGAGCGUGGUGUGCCCCUCUUAUUAGGUCAUUGCUCCCCAAACCCCGUUCCCUCAUCGUAGGUGCAUUGGGAAAUAAGUUCAGUGUGCUGCUUCACUCAGACCGUUCAGAAACUUGGCAUGUUGUUCAAAUCUGUUAUUGAAAGGGUGCCAAAAAAGGGGAGCCCAAGCUGAAUAGUAAAUAUCUGCCUUCAGAAAUUAAGUGGAGUUCACGCGCUCGCUCUGCCUCCAACUGCAAACGAGGACGAUGAAAUGGCUCAAAACUAUGUUUAAGUUUGCUUUGAAUUGGCUUACCAAACUAGAAUCCCUCCCGCGAAAAGUGAGGGAACACUGCAUGCAUGUUGCAGGAGGGGAUCAUGAUUUUGGGGGGUAGGCCAUUGGACUCAAGUUCUGGUUGAAUUCUCCAGAAGUGCUGGUUUAGGUUUGGGUCAAACCAGCAGUGCUUUCAGGACUAAUGACAGUGUACAGUCAUACCUCGGUUUUCAACCAUAAUCCGUUCCAGAAGGCUGUUCGAAAACCGAAAUCACGCUCUUUUAGAAAAAAAUCUUUAUUGAAGAUGUCUGCCCACAGUAGAACGCUACGAGGAAACAUUACUUCCCCGUGUAAGGAAAGCGGGAGGAGUCAAGUGGCGCAUUCAAGUCACUCAGUUUGGUCGAGAACCGAUUUUCGUCCGAGGCAUAAAAAAUUUGAAAUUUUUGGUCAAAGCCCGAUUUGGUCGAGAACAGAGAUGUUCAAAAACCGAGGUUUGACUGUACUUUCAAUCAUUUUCCCUCCCCAAAAGUAUUGUGCUUGUGAUUUCUGAAUUGUUGUGAAUACGACAAAAGUAAUCAACUGGAAUAUCCGAACACCUAAACGAGCAUCAAAGCAGCUAUACAGGACCCAUGACCUUGUUCGAUCGUCUUAAUUUUCUGCUUUGUAAAUAAAGUUUUGAUGUUUUCAGCCUGUUGAAAAGGACGGUGCUGUGGAAAAGCCACGUAUGUUCUACUUGGUCUGUCGGAAGGGUGUGGAUUGUUGUGGUGUGGCUUGGCGGAAGGAUUCAAUAAAGUUAAAACCUGC